AUGAUUUGUUGGGCCAUUUGGAAUGCCCGCAAUGCGUUCACUUGGAAAGGCAAGAGCACUUCAGCUUCGGAUGUAAUUCUGUCUGCUAGAGUCAACCUUAAUCAAUGGAAAAAUGCUCAAUUGAAAAAGAAGGGUCCUUUAUUUUUGGCUUCGGGUGAAAGUGAAGGAAGUGAGCAUUGGUCUAAACCGGUUACUGAUAAAAUUAAGGUCAACGUAGACGGAGCUAUCUUUGAGGCAGAAGGUUGGUAUGGGACUGGGUUGGUGGCUCGCAAUUGUCAUGGCCACCUUCUUGAAGCUCUUUCUUGUAGUAAACCGGGCUAUUUAGAUGCUGCAGUGGUGGAGGCGAUUGGCAUCAAGGAGGCUCUUAGCUGGAUCAAAGACAAGCAGUGGCAUGAUGUACAGCUGGAAACCGACUGUCUUGUGGCUGUUCAAGCUUUACAUUCUUCGGUUCCUCUACGCUCUCCCUUUAGCGUGGUGAUUCAAGAGUGCAAAGAGUUGCUUGAUUCUUUAAAAUAUGUUCAGAUUCAAUUUGUUAAACGCUCUGCUAACAAGGCUGCCCAUUAUAUGGCUCGCAGUUCUUGUUUUCACUCAGUUCGUAUGUUCACCGAGAGUACUGCUCUAGAUGAUCUUUUAAACAUUGUAAUGGUUGAUUCAGUUUGCUAA